CCGUGAAACAAAAUGGACCGCAGUUGGGGUGUAGCAGCAGCAGCCAGCCUCACUGCCCUCUUUACGGUGGUGAUGAUGAUGAACUCUGGGUUCUUCUACGUCUCCUUCAUUGAAGAAUAUGGCGUCACAAGAGAAGCAGCCUCAUGGCCCAUAAGCGUCAUGUCGGUCGUGUCACACUCGUCAGGCUUGCUAGUUUCAUGGUUCCAGCGGCACCUCUCCGUCUUCGUACUCGGCCUGAUUGGCAGCGUAUUCCUGUGGAUAGGAAUCCUCGGAGCCGUGUUCGCUCCCAACAUAACCUGGAUGACUGUCACGCUGGGCGCAAUACACGGCGUGGGCGUUGGAGUCGUCUGCGUGACGCUGGUCAUCGUGGUGAUGAUGCACUUCGACAAAUACAGGGGCGUAGCCAGCGGCAUGAAGUAUGCCGGGUACACGCUGGCUUCGUUGCUGUUUCCCAAGAUACUCACAUCGCUGAGAGAUGCCUACGGCUUCAGAGGAUGUAUGCUCGUGUACGCGGCGCUCACCAUGAACGUAACAGCUCUGACACUGCUCUUGAAAGAACCUCCAUGGCAUUUGCACUCCCGAAGCAGCAAGGCCAAACCACGAGUGCACGAACGAAAGAGCAUUUCCUGGAUUAGCACAACGCCGUUAGAUAACGCACAUUGUGCUCCUGUGGAAAGCCCAGAAAUUACCGAAAGUAAUUCCGCUGCGCCCACCGUGACUAUUCAAACAGUGAGCUCGCUCACGCUGAACAGCAUCAGUGCCGUACAAAACACUUGCAACUCGGCAAACAGACAUGAAGUGCUGGGAAAAUAUUCGUGUACCAGUUACAAUGAAUACCCACCAGAGAUUUCAAAAAAUGAUAAUGUUUUUAAUGUCCGGCUUGGCAGUCUUACGCUUCUAAAAACGCAAGGAAGCAGAAACGAGGUGGCAGCCCUUGAAGAUGGCAGCCAAGGAACGGGAACGGAAAAGACGGUGAACGAACUUUUAGAAUCAGUUGAAGUAAUCCAUUGUUCUACGGAGAAACGUAAGCAUUUUCCCUCGUGGUUCGGCAAUAUCGGUAGCCUACUGUCGAGGCCGAGGUUUUACGUUUGCUUGUUGGCGUUAUUGGCGAUGGACUACACGGUGGCCGUCUUUCCAGCGACCAUAGUUGAUUACGCACUCGACAAAGGGGCAGCACGGAGCCAGGCAUACCUCUGUGUGACCUACUGUUCACCGGCCGAGCUGUUUGGUCGGAUUGUGCUUCCUCUAAUCGGUGACUGCAAGAUAGUGAGCAGGGCAACUUUAGUAGCCGCGAGUUUCGCCUUGCUCGCUGUGACUAUGCUGGUCCUACCAGCAACGCCUUGUGUGCUAGCCUAUAUACUCGUCUGCGCAUGCGCUACCAUGCUCCUUGCUUGUUUGCUCGCCAUGAAGCCUGUGGUGAUUGCCGACUACUUCGGCAUCGAGAACGUCGCAACCAGCUGGGGAUUGGGUGGAGUGACGCUGUUACCUCUGCUCCUGUGCAGCCCGUAUAUCAUCGGUUACUUUCGAGAUGCGAGAGGAAGCUACGAUGGACUUUACCAGCUUCAAGCUGGAAUCCACUGCUUUGUCGCCGGCCUGUUCGGAAUCGUCUCUGUCUUAGAUAGGAGACGGUGGAAACAGCGGACGAGAAGCCUGACAGUUUAGGCUGCCCAUUUGGAGCUGUUUUGUUACUGAUGAUUUUAAUCUGCAUUAUUU